UUUUGGAAAAUUGAGAAUGUUUUCUUCAUUAGAAAAUGGGUGCUAAGAAGCAUGAGUAUAAACAACUUUUUGAAAAAAUUGACCAAGAAGAGGAUGGAGAAGUGUAUCUAAGAGAAGUAACCUGGUUCUUGAGAGCACUCAACCAAGACGUAGAUUCAAAUCUUCAGGUUAAAGUGCUACUGGACCAGUAUGAUUCUAAUGGAGAAGAUGUUCUAACAUUUUCUAAAUUUUGCGAUAUAAUGAGAGAGCUGGAGGAAGCUGGUUGGAAGAAGGCUGCAGAGAAAAAGAAGGAAGAUAUUACUGAAACCGACAUAAAGGCGAUCUUUAAUCUGGUUGACGUAGACAAAAGUGGAUCUUUAUCAAGAAAGGAAGGAAAUAUGGCCUGCAAACUUCUACAAAAGAGAUUCGGAAUUGUCAAUGUUUCUGAAUGGAUGAAAGAGGUGGAUGGGGAUUCUGACGGAAAGCUUGAUUAUGAGGAGUUUGCGGGUUCAAUAAUGGAAAUUCUGUCUGGAGCUUAGAAAACAGUUUAAAAGUAAAGAUGUAAACCGUAAAAUGCUUCUUAGAUUAGAAAAGAUAAAAUAAACAAUUUUUGAAAGUU